ACACGUUAACUAAAAGCGGAUCGAAAGUGAAAAAAGCAUAAUAUUUUGCAAAGCGCACGUUCGUUUUGAUGAUAGUUAUCGCUCGAGUGCUAUGGUAAUUGUUUAGCAACGGACUUAAUACUUGUAGCUCUUGCGCCAUUGAAACGCCUAAAGUGAUAAAAAAUGUACCGUCUAAAACCGGUGUUGAGUGAGGACGUCGUGUGUGAAAUUCCUUCCUGCAUGUACACCCUGAAGCCGGUCUCUGAUUUUUCGAUCGAUCGGAAUUCGUUCCCUGGUGCGAAGAGUGGAUCAAACGCUGGCGAUCCGAUGUCCAUCGAAAUUGAAAAUUUGCUUCAAAAGGCAGAAAACGACGAACUGAGAAUGUUAGCUGAAAGACAACAACGCGUCCUGCAGCAGUUGGCGGAGCUAAAGAAUGAAAUUUUGGCAAUGCGCACAGAAUUGAAACUAAACGCCACAUCUCCCGCAGUUACUAGCAGUCCCUUAAAAACGAAAUCCAAGCUGAAGGCAGAGCCAAUCAAUCGAACUUAUUUGCAGGAUUUCGUAGUGAAUGCCAGUCCCGAUUAUGUUCCUUAUAGCUUACUCGCUCUGAAGAACUUAUGGAAGGAUAGGCUAAAUUUACACGUUGAAUGUUUCAUUCAUUCGACAGUUGCAAAGCUGAGCGAUGAAGCUAUUAAAUUUCAAAACGCUAUUACCGUCAAUGGGACAGCCGCUGGUAAUCUUCCAAAGAUAAAUCUAACAUUAAUUUGGAAGAAUGUUGGAACAUACACUGAAAUGAUUACCUCUCCAACUUCGUACGUGCCCAUAUGCGGCGAGGUGAACAUUCUUCGCUUUUUGUCGCGCUGCGGCCCAAGUGAAUUUAACUACGAGCAGCUGGACAAUGUGGUCGAAGUCGAUUCUAUUCUGGACGCGUGUUAUCUGCUUCUCAACAAGCAGAACGUUAAACAGCGGCAACAGAUCCUUCGCACUCUUGGGACAAAACUUGGUAAGUCGACGGGCUUUGGCGGCGAGCAAAUGUCCCUAUGUGAUAUAGCGUUUACCAGCACAGUUAAGCAGGUGCAGCGAACGAUCGCAAAAGACAUCAAUCCAAACAUGACCAAGUGCAUUAGUCGUGUUACGGUCCUCGCUGGGCUGUAAAAUUGUUCACUCUACCAACAGUUAACAGCUUUUGGUGUACCAUUCGCAAUUUGUUCGUGAGUGUUGAUUGCCGAUAUUUAUUUCUGUGAAUUUGCCGCUGUUUCAUGGUACUGUUCAAUAACUGGUCAUAGAAAACGUCCCAAGAUCAUCAAAUAAUAAAUCAACAAUUUUUAUUCGAGUCUUGCGUUACAAAA